AUGUAUGUGGGAUACCUACUGGAUAAGGAAAGCGGCAUGUAUCACCAAGGACCAGUGAGAAGAUCAAGCAUUAAUCUGCCUCCACAGAACUUUGUUUCUACACCACAGUACCCCGACUUCACUGGAUACCAUCAUGUGCCAAACAUGGAUACGCACGCACAGUCUGCGGGGAGUUGGGGGCCUACAUACGGUGCCCCACGAGAGGACUGGGGCGCAUAUAGUCUGGGACCACCUAAUACAAUUCCUACACCCAUGAACAACUCCUCUCCUGGACAGGUUCCUUACUGCUCCUCUGAGUACAGUCACAUGCAUCCUCCGGGAUCUGCGGUGUUACAGCCGCCGCCGGAGAACGUUACUGCUGCACAGCUUUCUCCUGAUAGAGAAAGACGCAAUUCAUACCAGUGGAUGAGCAAAACUGCGCAAUCGUCUUCUACAGGUAAAACAAGAACGAAGGAGAAAUACAGGGUAGUAUACACAGACCAUCAGAGACUGGAGCUGGAGAAGGAGUUUCACUUCAACAGAUACAUCACCAUCAGGAGGAAAUCUGAACUGGCUGUAAACCUCGGCCUGUCGGAAAGACAGGUAAAAAUCUGGUUUCAGAAUCGCAGAGCCAAGGAGAGGAAACUGAUCAAGAAGAAGAUGGGUCAGUCUGACGGCAGCGGGGGGUCUGUGCACAGUGACCCGGGUUCCGUGAGCCCUCUGCCGGUGCCGGGAUCCCUCAGUCCCACAGACAUCCACGGUUCUCUGUACCCUCCUCAGGGAAUGAACACCUUGCCAUCUAUCAGGAAUAUACAGCAAGUGACUGUGACUCAGUGA